AACAGACAAAAGUAGAGAUUCAAGAGAUGAAAGCAGAAUUUAGGAAACUACGUCAGGCUUUGGAAGAACAGGAGACACUUUUGCUGGCCCAGAUGGCAGACAUAGAGAAGGAGAUUGCCAGAAAAAGGGACGAGCACCUGGACAGACUCUCCGAGGAGCUCUCCUCUCUUGGAGGCCUCAUCCAGGAGAUGGAGGAGAAGCGUCAGCAGCUCCCCGGUGAACUCCUGCAGGAUGUUAGAAGUCUCCUGCAGAGUAGUGAGAGGAAGAAGCCGUUUCAGAAUCCUGAGCCUUUCCCUCCUGAGCUGAAGUGGAAGAUCUGGGACAUCUGUGACAGAAAUGCCUCCCUAGCUAGCACAGAGGAGCAGAUCAGAGCAAACGUCACUCUGGAUCCGGACACAGCAAAUCUCUUCCUCGUCCUGUCUGAGGACCGCAAAAGCGUGAGAUACGGAGACAGAGAUCAAGAUCUGCCCAACAAUCCUGAGAGAUUUGACCUACAUCCUUUUGUGCUGGGAUGCGAGAGAUUCACAGCAGGCAGACAUUAUUGGGAAGUCAUUGUAGAGACAGAAGAACAGUGGGCCGUAGGAGUGGCCAGAAAGUCUGUACGGAGGAAAGACUACGUUGAACUGAGUACUGUGGAAGGGAUCUGGGCUAUGGGGAAAUGGGCAGAUGACUACAGUGUCAAUGGCCAUGUUUUGUCCUUGAGUGGAAAGCUGAAGAGGAUCCGAAUUUCCCUGAACUUUGAAGGGCAUCGGGUGGCUUUUUAUGAUGCUGAUACAGGAUCUCAUCUCUACACCUUCUAUGGAGCCUCUUUCUCUGGGGAGACCCUUCUCCCCUUCUUUUAUGUUUGGGGGAAAGCCUGCCUUUCAAUCUCUCCUUAAGGCAGCCAAGAUGACCUCAGAGGAAAAUCAACCCUCAAUUGGUCAAGUGUGUCUCCUCCUUUUGCAAAUCGCCACCACCAUUAGCAGGCUUAUGGCCACCCUCCUCCCCUGAAUAACCUGAACCAAGAAUGGGGAGUUCUGCUUUUCGCCCUCCCUUUCCCAAACAUCUUCCCUCCUUUUGCCAAUCGAUUCUGAAAGAGACAGUAGCCCUUUUCCAACAUGUCAGAAACCUCCCAUCUGUACUUUCAGAAAAGAUUCUGCAUCCAUGACUCUCAUUUGGCCUUUCAGUUUUCUCAUGUCCUUUGUCACAAGGCCUCGGCAUUUGCUACACUGCCCUCACUCUGGAAAAAAAAGGAUAUUAUUUUUGUGUUCUCAAAGGCUUUCAUGGCUAGGAUCCGAUGGUUGUGGGU